AUGACCACUUAUCUCUUGGAAGCAAAACCAGAAAAAUGGGCUCGGCCAUUCUUUCCAACGAAAAGGUAUAACAUUCUUACAAGUAAUAUUGCCGAAUCUAUAAAUGCAGCAAUUGUGCAUGCGAGAGAAUUGCCUAUAACGUUGUUAAUAGAAGCUAUAAGAGAGAUGCGUCAAAGAUGGUUUUCAACAAGAAAAGAAGCAGCAAUCAACCAAUUUGUUGAGGUGACAAAAUGGGCAAAUGAUGAAAUGGAGAUCAAACUUGAUGUGGCAUUUCGAAUGAAGGUAGAUGCAAUUGAUGCAAUGAAAUCUAGUGUCACAUAUGGUGAUCGAGUGUUUGUUGUCGACUUGGAACAACAUAUGUGCACAUGUAAUGAAUUUCAACUAGAGGGAAUUCCAUGUGCACAUGCUAUUGCAACAAUUGAAAGCAAGUACUUGGACAAGUACAAAACUUGCUCAAAUUGGUAUAAAAAUUCUGUUUUGAAAGAGACAUAUGCAGGAUCAAUUAAUCAUCUUCUAGAUAAAGAUGAUUGGAGUGUCCCAGAUGAAAUUAUAGGAGAUAGCAUGAAAGCUCCAAAAUUCACAUCUAAAGACUAUAAAGAUGCAAUGUUGUACAUAUUUGUUGCGUUGUGGACUUGUGGAUAA